AUGCGAAAGUUAGAAUGGGACGACAUGGGAGUGAAGGUUGAUGGUCGGCAGCUACACCAUCUGCGUUUUGCUGAUGACAUCGUACUGAUAACACCUAACAUCAGCCAAGCGGAACGAAUGCUGACCGAAUUCGACGAAACAUGUGCAUGCAUCGGUCUUCAGCUGAACCUCCAAAAGACGAUGUUCACUGGACAUUGGAGGCAACGGAUGGGCAACGGAUGGGUCUCGGAUGCCCCAUUCAGGCUCAACGGAACGAACAUGUCCGAAUGCACCAGCUACGUUUGUCUGGGUCGGGAAUUGAAAAUGAUGAACGACCUGACUCCCGAGCUGGGCAGAAGGAGACGACCGGUUCGGGGAGCGUAUAAGAGCAUCGAGGAUGUAGUGAAGAAGACCAGGAACAUCCGGCUCCAUUCUCACCUCUUCAACACCACCGUACUUCCUGCUUUGACCUAUGCUUCGGAAACCUGGGCAUUUCGCAAGCAGGAAGAAAAUGCGGACACUACCGCUCGUAUACACAUAACAUAUCUGGCUCCCUCUUCUUUGCCUAUUUCAUCCUGUAAUGGCCGAACAUUCCAUCCAUAUUCGACACGUACUCUUUUACCCGCUGCUGAAGCCCAUCGAAACUUAAGUCAAUUGUUCGGCAUUGAAGCCCCUUCUGUGCGCGCCUGGUUCCAGCCCUUCAAAUGCGGAAACAAGAGACUCGAAGAUGAGCCUCGCCCUGGUCGACCGACUGCAAUAUCGUUCGACGAACUGAAGAAUCUGGCGGAGCAGCAUCUAUAUGAAGGUGUGCGGUAUUUUGCUGCCAGUCGUGGCUGUUCGCUGUCCACCGUGAGCAAUGGACCGCGAUCUCUCGGUAUGGUGAAAAAGCUCGGUCAGUGGCUCCCACAUGCACUGAGCGACGGCAACCGCGAAAGACGCCUGGACAUUUGCACUAAGCUGCUCUCCAGAAGCCGCAGGUUCGACUGGUUGACACCAUUGUCACUGGAGAUGAAAAAUGAGUCCUCUACGUCAACCACACCCACAAACGUGCGUGGUGCGCUGGCGGUGAAUACGGAUCCUUUCGUGAAAGGUGAAAUCCAUGAGAAGAAAGUUAUGCUGAGCGUCAGAUAUUCGGGUCGAAUAUUCGUAGCCGAGCAGGAGGAGGUGAAUCGGAUAUGUGAAGAAUACAAUAAAGUCGAGGACAAAUACGGACUAUUCGAACGAAUGUUCAUUCAACUUUUUCUAGAGGAAGAGAUUGAACUGUCCGUACAUUUUGGCCUUGAUAAUCUCGAAGAAGACAGUCUUCGAAAGGAUCAACGUUUUCGGACUCAUGUGGGAAAAUUUCAACGAUUUUUAACGGGGAUUCUAGAAAUGCUAUCGAAAGGUCCGGAACAAGCACAAGAUAUCGUUCAAGUGCUUAGAUCUGCGAUAUCUGCAUCGCAACUUUGGCUACAUUGGGAUGCACCUUCGUAUAAUUGCGGGAUCGCUGAGCUUAAACUCUUGAUCAGGAGUGGUGGAACUCAACAUGAACCGAAGCUCGACUUGGCAGGUCAGAAAAACGAGGAAUGCGGAAAGGAAUUAUGCCAGAUUCGUGAGAUGACGAAGAUUAUCCGUUCAUCAUGGAUAGAUGAAAGAAUACUCGACUCGUGGAGACACGCUAUCAUAAUAUCUCUCCACAAGAAGCUGUUCGUCACGGAGCCCAAGAAGCCAAAGAACACCUUUAUUGCGUGUAAUGUGCAGGGUUUCGGAUCGGAUCAUUCUGGUCCGAUCCGACAUCGCAAAGAAACCGCCGGCGACGAACAAGCCGGCUUUUGUUCUGCUUGA